AUGACUUCCUCACAAGAAAUAAUUUUACACCUAAAGCGAGGUUUCGAACACUCACAGUGGCGAGGAUCUUUGCUUAAGCUGGUGCCAGCUGGGGAAGGAAGGUGGGGAGGAGGCGUGAGAGGUGUGAUACUUGCCAUUACCACUGAUGAAUGGAUUUGGGAAAGAAAUAUUGUCGUUGAAAAUCAAGAAAAACAUAUACGCCGGCUUCAGCUUGAACUGAUCCAAGAACGGAAGAAGCGUUUAGAACUGGAGGAACAGAUCAACCAGCAAACACAGAGAAAUUAUUAUCUAGAACGUCGUAUGAAUGACCAAGACAUAAAUAUUGCAGGACAAACCAAGCUUAUUGCAGAAUUAAGCAGCCGAGUAACCAGUACAAAAGUCAAAAAGUUGGCAGAGGAAACCAGAAAACGGUUUCUUGUCGACGACAUAGAAACAGUCGCUUUCCAUGCUACCCUUGACCAAAAUUCAGGUUUAGAACAUAUCCGGGUCGGCUCGACAAUCCCCUUCCCAAAUGUGAAGCUGAACAUUAGAGGAGGAUAUCAAAAUUCAUCAAGUAUGUUUGUAACUCCGCAGGCUGGGUUGUAUAUUUUCUCAACAUCCAUUUCAAGCUACUGGAAUGACAAAGGAGAGUUACAAGUUGGCAUUAUGAAGAAUAGGGCAUACCAGGCUGGGGCUUUUGUAGAUGAUAUUGGCGGCCCCCCCGAACAGGGCUCUGUUACCAUAGCAAUGUUACUGGAAGUUGGUGACCAUGUUUGGGUUAAACAUGUGGUUCAUGAUGAUUGCGCUCUUUAUGGAGGUGGUCUUACAAGCUUCACGGGAUGUUUGAUUUUUGCAGUGUAACAAAUUCGUAAAAUAUUUCAAUGUCUUGGAGCUAGAUUGAUGAUCACCUAUACCAGGUUAGUAAAUCUGCUUUAUGCGAUAAACGGAAGUAAACAAAUAAAACAAUUUCAUUUUCUUCGAAGGCUGAAAACAAUAUGUGUAUUUGAAACAGCGUAGAACUAUUGAGUUUAAAGCGACACAAUUUCGACUACCAUAAUUGUUGUUAAACGAAAAUGCCAAGAUCUG